AUGCGGCGGCGGCGGCGGGGAGCAGCGGCGGCGGCGAGGGCGGAGGCGACGGUGGUGGCGGUGGCGACGGCGGCGACGGCAAGGCGGACAGCGGCGGCGGCGCGGGAGAUGCGGACGGUGACGGCGCGGCGACAGCCAGAGCGGACGCAGGCGGUGGCAGCGGCGGUGGCGGCGGCGAGGGUGGCGGCGGCGAGCGACGGCGAGGUUGGCAGCGGCGGCGGCGGCGGCGGCGGCGGCGAGGCUGGCGGCGGCGGCAGCAGCGGCGAGGGCGGUGGCGGCGGCAGUGGCGGCGAGGGAGGGGGCGAUGGCGGCGGCGGCGGAGGGGGCGAGGGUGGGGGCGGCGAGGACGACGGCGAGGGCGGCGGUGGCGACGACGGCGGCGAGAGCGGCGGCGGCGGCGAGGGCAAGGGCGACGGCGAGGGCGACGGCGGCGGCGGCGAGGGCGGCGGCGGCGGCGGCGGCGGCGGCGAGGGCGGUGGCGGCGACGGCGACGGCGACGGCGGGGAUGCGGGCGGCGACGGCGAGGUGGGCGGCGGCGGCGGCGAGGGCGACACGGACGGCGGCGGCGGCGACGGCGAUGCUGAGGGCGGCGGGGGGACGGCGAUGCUGAGGGCGGCGGGGGGACGGCGAUGCCGAGCUGGAGGCGGCGGCGACGGCGAGGCGGACGGCAGCGGGGGCGACGGUGAGGCGGACGGCGGUGACGGAGAUGGCGAGGCGGACGGCGGCGGCGGGGACGGCGAGGCGGAGGGAGGUGGCGGAGAUGGCGAGGUCAAGGGAGGCGGCGGCGAGGGCGACGCGGACGGCGGCGGCGGCGAGGGCGAGGCCGACGGCGGUGGCGGAGAUGGCGAGGCGGACGGCGGCGGCGGGGAUGGCGAGGCGGACGGAGGCGGCGGCGACGGCGACGCGCACGGAGGCGGCGGCGGCGGCGGCGGCGACGCGGACGGCGGCGGCGGAGAUGGCGAGGCCGACGGCGGUGGCGGAGAUGGCGAUGCGGACGGCGACGGCGAUGCUGAGGGCGGCAGCGGCGACGGCGACGCGGACGGAGGCGGCGGCGACGGCGACGCGGACGGGGAUUUGGCAUCGCUCCGGGGUGUAUACUGGGGGGCGUGA